AUGGGAGAUUUGUCAGAUUUUCGUUCCGAGGAACAGAACUCGAGAAUGACGUCCAAGGAUCUAAGUCUCCCGGAAGGCUCUCGCUUGGAGGAACAGAAACCAAACAUUUUAUCCGAGAACCUAAAGGUCAGCAAAGAUUUUCGGUUCAAGGAACAGCACCCAAAUAUCCCAUCCAAGAACCCAAGCCUCUCCAAGGAGCGAUGGGAAGAACUGAAGCCAAUGAUCUCCAACCGCGUUGACCAAGGUGUCCCCAUCUCAGAAAUCCUACGACAACUCAGCGUUAGUAAUAUUCAUGUCACAAGGAGUCAGUUCAACACCCAGACGAAGAAAUGGGGGCUCGCCAAAUACAAUGUGCAACUACUUCGGGGCGCAAGGGGAUCUCUAGAUCUCCCAAUUACGGUUCGGGUCGCUCCUGAGACGCAGAUCCCGAACUCUAACACAGAGGCUGUGUUAAUUGACAAGCAAGUGCCCAUUGGGGGCAGUUUUAACGACUUCGAAGCCUCCACGCUAGAGCAAUUGGAAGGUCUGGAACUCGAAGCACACUCAAUCGAUCAAGCCGAGGCUACCGGUGCAUCUCGACUGCAGAAUGGAGGUUUGGGGAACCUCGUGGGCGAACCAGCCUCAGAUACUGCUGCGCGCGAGCCGGAAACCAGUGACCUUGGGCGCUCAGUCCCGGCCGACGGUCACUCAGCUCCGCGUUUGCCCAGAAGCACAUUCGCAGACGAAACUCAUACAUCCGAUUUACAACCUGAAGUGACGACCUGUCCGAGGCUUGAAUUGCCUUCAUACAAAUCAACCAGCAUCGGGCUAGAGUAUAGACACCUUCGGGCUGUCGGCUGGGUCAGUGACCUGGCUGAGCUACUUUUCAACAUGAAGUGCUAUACAGAAGCCUUUGAAAUCUUCUUCCUGAUUAUUUCUGAACUCAAUACUCUCGGAGGAGCGCAGAUCGAGACCAGCUGUUAUUUUCUCUUCUUUGCCAUGUGUUGCGUUCGCUCUGCAUGGACUCGAGAGCAGAAGACGGCUGCAGAAGACCUUGUCCCAAAGCUACACAGAUGGGUGGAAGCGGUUCAGCAGUAUGCGGACCCGGACACCAUAAAGUGUAUGCGAGAAGUCCUUCAAGUCGGAGUGAAGUCAUUGGAGGUGGAGACGCUUGAACAGGCCGCCCAUCGGAUUGUUGGAUCUACACUUCCUCUGUCGCAGCUUGGCUUUAGUCUUUCCAUUGACACCAGAAUCCCAGGGCCCAUAGCCAGCCCAUCAGCCGCUAUUGCGUAUUUCUAUACUUCUGAUGUCGUCCAAUACACUAUCCGCCAUGCUCUAAUCGUUAUAAAACGUUUCCUGCGGAAGAGAAACGCGUAA